UAGACAGGGGACGAACGUUUGCAACAAAAAUUUCCAGCUCGGCGAACAGAACCACAACAAUAAAUUGGUCAUUUUUGGAGUGGAAAGUGCUGCAGGGGUCAGUGUUUCAUUCCCAGCUAUUCAAAUAUAUAUCAGCGAAUUCGAUGAGAGAAUGGAGUGUAAUAUUUCAAAGUUUGCUGAUGACCGAAAUAAUGUUGUGUUGCAAGAAAGAUGUAAGGAGACUUCAAGACAAUUUAAACAAGUUUGGUGAGUGGACAAAUGUAUAGUAGACGCAGCAUAACAUGGAUAAAUAUGAAAGUUGUCCAUUUGGAUAGGCAAAUAGAUGUUGGGUGAAGGUCCAGAGAAAAAGCUAACCACCUUAGGAUAUAUGGUAGACUCGUUUCAGACUGAGGUGAAGAGACAUUUUGUCACUUGGAGAUUGGUGAACUGUGGAAUUCUCCAUCACAGAGUACCAUGCAAGCCAAUUCACUGCUUUUAAGAAAGAAAUAGAUUUAUUGAUGCUAAAGAUAUCCGAGUCUGGGGAUGGAGCAGGCGUAUGGUGUUGAAGUAGAGGAUCAGCUGUGAUCCAUGUGGAGUAGGCCCACAUUUUUUCCUGCAUCUAUUAUUUACAUUUAUAUGAACGUUGUGGAGUGAUGAUUAAAUUCUGUCUUAUUGGAAACUAUCAUUAUUCACAUUUGUACAAUGUGAAUGUUAUUUGUUACUUAACAGUCCAGAUCUUGCUUUAUAGGAAUACAGGUGGUUUCAGCACUGGAGGAGAUGGUACUGGACACUAGGCAAUUAUUUGAGAGCAUUCCCACUUCUGAGCAUAUGAUGGAGGGAGGCAUCAUUGAAGUGACUGAAGCUGAGGACACUACCCUAAGGAACUCCUGCAGUAAUGUUCUGAGACUGAUUGAUUGAUUGUCAUUGAAGGUCAAGCCAACCAUCUAUCUUUGUGCUGGGUAUGAUUCUAUGAAUGGAGUCCCAUUCCUUGAUUCUCAUUGCCUUCAAUUUUACCAGCUCCUUGAUGCCACUCUUGGUCAAGUGCUGUCUUUUAUCAAGAGUAAUCACUGUCACCUCUCAAGUCCAUCUCUUUAUCCACGUUUGGUGGAAGGCUACAAUGAGAUCAGGACCUGAGGGUAGUGAAAGUAUGUAACUUCACAUUUUCCCACAUUACGUUGGUCUCAUUGUAUUCCAUCUAUCAACUUGUUUCCAAAUCAUUUGCAGCCUCUGUGUCCUCACAGAUUUCAUUCCCGCUUAGCUUUGUAUCACCAACCUACUUAGAUGAUGAGACAGAGGGUAAUAUGUCUAAUUCGUUAGUACAUAUUAUAAAUAACUCAGACGACAGUUAUGAAUCUUGUGGUACUCAACUAUUCACAGCCUCCCAACUUAGAAAUUCCCCAUUCGUGACUGCUUUUUGGUUACUGUUAGUUCGCUAAGCUCAUCCAUGCAAAUGUAUUGAUCCAACUCCAGGGGCCCUUAUUCUAUAUUAAUCUUUUGUGUGUCACAUUAUUGAAUGCCUUGCAGAAAUCCAGAGAUACAAAUCUAUUGGCUCCCUUUUAUUUACCUUUUAUUAGUUACACACUUAAAAAGUUAAUAUUUGUCCAAACAAGAUUUCUAAAGUUUUUCUAAAAUCAUGUUGACUUUGAUCAUAUUAUGCUUUUCUAAGUGCAUUCAUUUUUUUUGAUUGUAGAUUUUAGCAUUGGUGAUGAGCUUCAGUGCAUUUAUACAAAUUGAAUGUUUCAGCACUAUCAUGUAAUACCUUGCCUGUCUUCUCUUUUGUUAUACAGUAUAUCAAUGAGUUUGGAUUUCAGACAGACUGGUUGAGGAAAAGGCAAGGUCAACAACCACCUUUGGCUUCUAUAUAACACUGUUUGUUUGUUCUGUAUUAAGACUCAAUAUUAUAAUACAUAGUUUUCCAAGAUAUACCAAGAUCUAAUCUUACUGUCCUAUUUUUGAAAGGCAAUUCCGUGAACUCUACCACCUAAUGCUUGUCAUUCUAAUUCUACAUGCUUAUCUGCACAUUUCUCAUGUUCACAUAGCUAGACUUCAUGCUGCUGCUCUCUUGCAUUUAUUUAAUUCUGUAUACAAUGCUAUUUAUUAGAGUGAGGAACAACUCCUUGACAUCAUCACAAGGUUGUUCCAAGGUCCCAGUGUCUCUGAACAACUCUCCUCCAAGCUUUUCUUCUGCCAUGAUAAAUAUUAAUUAAGUUACGUGAUCAGUAUUUACCCUGUUUACUAUACAAUGUUUCCUUUUAUCUCUCCCAAUGCUCCCUGAGUCUUUGACUUUGUUCAUCUUCAUUGGUCAGUCUAAAGCAGUGGAGGGGAGCCUACAGUCAUAAUGCCAGAAAUUACAGAAAAUCAGACACCUAUGCAUAGAACUCUCAGGAAGAAAAACCGAGAAACUCACAACGCAGUGGAAAGGCAUCGAAAGAAGAAGAUUAACUCUGGAAUAAAUAAAAUUGGAGAACUUAUUCCAUGCUCUCCCGCCUUGAAGCAGAGUAAGAACAUGAUACUAGACCAAGCAUACAAGUAUAUCUCCGAACUGAAGAGACAGAAUGAUGAAAUUCUAUUGAAUGGAGGAACCAAAGAGCAAGCUGAAGAAAUUGUAAGGCUUCGGAAGCAGUUGAAUGAGCUACAAAAGGAAAAUGACCGUUUUGCAGAGUUACUGAAAGCCAAUGACAUCUGCUUGCACGAUGACCCUACCAUUCAUUGGAAGAGGAAAUUCAAAAGUACAAAAGUUACAAUGGUUAUUUCUUCCAACCAAAUGCAGGAUGAUAUAUUAGUCUACACAAAUGGAAACCAGUUAAAUGGAAAUUGCCAGCAGGCUGCGGUACAGAGUUCGCCAGAACAGGCUCUGACCUCUGUGAACAAUAGUACACCAGAAACAUGUCUUGAUAUAAUGGAGCCUAUGGCAAUGCCUGAUAUUUGUCCUUUAACAAAUGGCGCUCGACUUCCGACAUUGGUUGCACAGCAGGAAGUUCCUGAAUGUCUUCCUACAACCAGGCCUUGUCUGAACACUGUUCAGUGUAACACCACCUCCAGUAGCAGCACUGUACCGAGUGUGCUGAAUGUUUCUAGUAACAGCUCUGGACAGGAAGUUCUUCAGUCCGCCCUUCGCAACUGUGCAUCAACCACUUUAGCUUGUUGUGUGAACACUUCUGCACAAAUUGAACUGGAACAUUCUACAGGCAAUUUUGUGCCGAAUACCUUGGAAACUGCCAACAGCCAUCCUACACAGAGUGUUCUCAAUGUUACUACUAAUACUUGCUUUGCCUUGCCAUUGCACUCUCAGCAGAUUGGUAUGCCAUGUGCAGGGGUGGAGAACCCCAGUGGGAUGACACCACAGUCAUUUUUGGCAUCAUCGUCUGUGAGUAGCCAGAGACAUGAGAUGAUAUCAACAAAGUUUCCUGUUACUGAAUAUUCUCAAAAAAUGUUGGCAUCACAUGUUUGCCAAAAUGCUCCAGUGUCAGUUGGUGGUCUUGUCGUUACAUCACCAUCAUUCAAACUGAGGACAGUGUCUAAUGUAGGUAUGAUGUCUUGUUGUGCAAUGGCCAGCUCAUGGACUGUCUGUUACCCAGCCUGUACAUAUACUGGCAUUUCAGACUCAAAUAGUGUUAGUACGUUUUCACGCAUGAGUUCUGCAGGAAAUACACAAACAACAUGGACUACAUUACAGUUAGCAGGCAAUACUGUGCAUCCUGUCAGUCAGGGGUGCUGUAGUAUGUUGCCAGUGCCAGUAAAUGAAAAUCCGAGCUCCCGAAGUACAUUCUCCAUUUCAGAAAGUGGCCAACUGUUUAAUAAUGUCACUAUAGUUCCUUCAGGUACAACAGCGUAUGAGGGGGUUUCACUCUCUUCCACAUGCAAGCAACUCAAGCAGCAGGUGGCAGUCACUAUGCAGCCUCCCCUACAACCUCUACCCUUGCAGUCAGUUCUAGCGCAGCCACAAAUUCCAGUCCAGUCAGCUGCCAAAAUGGUCUCAUUGCUUCCUCCCUUGCAAGUAAUUCAGAUGACCCGCCCUGCAGGGACAUCUGUCUCUUCCACUCCCAAUAAUCCGAAUCUGAUCAUCCUUCAACCAGCUAAUCCCACCUCACCUGCUGUAGUGAGAGGUGCCCUCAACAGUCAGGCACCAGGUCAGCAAAUUGUUAUUAUACAAGCAGCCAAUCAAAAUGCUGUAUCUGUAGUCCCAGCUCAAACGAGUAAUAGGUUACCAACCCUUGACUCCAGUCAAUUGAUAUGCAGCAACGGGAAUGCACAGAACACUCCUAAUAUUCAGACAGUGGGAGGGAAGCACCUUGUUCACAUAUUGCCACGGCCUGUAUCUUCAUCUGCUUCCACGAGCUCUCAGCCCUGCACUACCGUGGGAUCAGGCCAGCAGCAGACUAUCUCUGUCAAUGGUCAGUUAUUUGCUCUGCAGCCACUAAAGCAGUCAGGGGUGUCCAGCCAGAACACUAUGCAAAUCAUUCAGCCAACAACCAGUGCCGAUCCAAAUACCAAUGUGGCUCUAAACACUUUUGGCGCAUUGACAAACCUCAGCCAAAGUAUCUCACAGAUGGCAGAGCAAGGGGGCUUACAACUGAGUAAUGACCAGUCACCCAGUUCUUCAGCUCCUGGCAAAGGCCAGGUUAUUAGUGGCAACACCUCUGCAUCUGACACCAUGAUGGCCAACACAAGCACAGAUAUUUCGAGGGCAUCAUUGUGGCACACAAGCAGUUCAUGCUCCAAAACCUCCCCUCUUGGACCACCCUCUAGCUGUAAAACUAAAAAGCUGCAAAAGAAACCCCUCUCUACAAAACAAGGAGCCGCAAGGAAGACCACAUGUACUGGGAGCAAAUCAAAGGUGGCUGCCAAUUGCAUUCAAAAUAACAAAUUCAUUAAAGAUAUUUCAUUGAAUUCACUAACCAGCGAUGAUCAAAUUUCAUCAUCACAAGGUUUAAUAUCCCAACAAUCAUCACUGUCUCAGAUUCCAACAUUAGUGGUAGCUACAGCGGCCAUUUCUGUCCCUUCACAGGAAGCAGUGGACACCCAGCAGCCAGCGGCCAGCCUGUCUCAACAUGUACACCCACCACAUUUAACAGAACCAGCAGUGGCUGAAUCAUUCUCUCAAGAACAGCCUGACAUACUGUCAGAAAUUUCAGCUGCAUCAACAUUAGUUGUAUCAUUACCAUCUUCUUCAUCUCGAGGUGAUUUGGUAAAGAAUGUUUCAUGUGUACCAUCCUCUCCAUGUGUAAUCACAGAUGUAUCAACAUCAGUUCCAACGUCAUCACUGUUCAGUUCAAAUGCAGCUCUUCAAGCAUCAAGAGCAUUUUCAAUAGACAAAGGCAGUGACUUGGUGGAUUUGCAAACUGCUGUAGCAAAUGUUUGUCGCACAUCUGGGAUUACUGGUGUUUCUGCACAGUUAGAAUCUCUUGCAGCUGCACAGCAGCAGUGCAGCGGGUGUGACAAAGAAAAGAGCCAAGACUGGCACAAAGGGCGAUUAGAAAUGAGCAAGUUUGCAACAACUAAAGAAGUUAGUAAUCAAGUCAGCAGUAACAUGAUUCAUGGAAUGACACAUGGAGAAAAAACAUCAUCAAAUGAGAAAAGCUCCUUGCUCUCUUUUGUGAAAGAUUCCUGUGCUGACAGUGAGCUAUGUGUUGACAGUUCUAGAGAGACCUCAGCCGGCAUGUCGUUUUAUGAAAAGGACGAACCCCAUAAAGACAUAUUGUUGGUAAGCACAGAGAUUGAAAGUGGUGUGCAGCAGCAGCUGUGCAACCCUGAUCAAGAGAGUAUGGGAGGUUCCUUAGUUUCGCACCGCCAGACUGAGUCACCCAUGUCCACCAGCUCGGGCAGUAGCCGUGGCUUUUCUGUUGCCUCUAUGCUGCCAGACACCACCCGAGAGGAUGCAUCUUGCAUCAGUACAAUGUCCAACACCUUUAAUAACUACAGCUUAUCUGAGCCAAAUGACAUUGUCGCCCUUGCUGCUAGAGCAAUCUUCGAACAUGGAAGUCCAGGCAAAAAUUUGACUUCAGACGUUACUGUAUGUGAUGUUCAGGCCAAAGCUCAGAAAAUUCCCUUUGCAGAUAAAGAAGUGUGUGCAAGUCAACAAUCUGUUAAAAGCCUGAGUGUUAAAGAGAAUAGUCCAAACUUGACAGAGGCUAGUGCAGCUGAAGGUCAAGUACAGCAAUCACUGCCAGUGGAUACUAACUCAAAAGGAAUGCCCAUUACUAAGACUUCAAGUUCUGUUGUAAAAGAAAUCUCAAAUAUGCCACUGAUUUGCAAAUCUUCUGGCUCUGCUAACCUGAGUGUUAUUAACCAUGCCUGUCACAGUGAAGCUAAUCAAAUGCAUGUCUGCUCAUCAGGUGAAACCCUACUUGCAGAGCAGCUUCCAGUCUGUGCUCCAGCUGACCUUUGUAGUGAAGCCACUACAUAUACUGAACAGUCUUCCCAACCCACCCUGUUAGCAGAAUAUUCUCACGAGCAGCUAGAUUCUGUGAAAGGUAACUCGCACUCUUCUCUUGUUUUGGAGCCACAUUUGAAGCAAAACAAUGAGAGUCGAAAAGAUGCAACAAAGCGGACUGGGCCAGAUGACCACUUGAUCUCAACAGCAAAGAGACAAAAACAAUGCCAGAAUGCAGCCAUGAAACUUGAAGGAAAGUCCACAGUAAGUACAGUUCCAGAACAACGUAUUUCCGAAUGUGGUCAAACAUUUAUCAGUCAGUUGCCAACAAAUUCUUCAAGUUUAUUAGUCUCAAGUAGUAAUCCAGGACACGCAGAUAGUCUUAGCCCUUUGUUCCCACCAACUAACUUCCCAACUUCAAAUGCGACUGAAACUUUAAGGCCAACAGAAGCUCAUUGCAAUGUACAGCCGCGAAUCCAGGAGGGACAAGGACAACAGCUGCAGCAGCAUGUGGUAUCCCAGCAGACGGUCUCCUCGCAGACUGGCCUGAAUGUCCACCAUGGUCACAUGUAUUACAAACACCAUCAGGGACAGAUACGAGAAAGGAAUUUAUACCACCUCCAGCAUCAGCUUCCACACAAUGAGAGCUCAAUCCAGCCCCAUACUCACGGUGCCCAGCAGCCCCGCACUGCACAGCAAGAAAUCCAAAUGCAGAAGAAACGAGGGGUCAUGCGAGCGAGUCAAGCUCCUCAACUAUCAAUACAGCAAAAGCAACAUCCAAGUGGCAGUAGUCAAGGACGCCAGAAAGGGAAUCACCAUCAUCACCAUCCGCACCACCACCAUCAGCAACAACUUCAGCAAAUGCCACAUCCACACUUUGGAAAUUCACAACAAGAUAAAAGGUGUGACAAUUCUGUGACUAACAGAAACCAUCACAGCAGUCAUAAUCAGAACCUCCACAGCCAGGAUCUCAUGCACCAGCAGCAGGAUAAUGCGAGAAGUGGGCCUCAGGGGUCCGUGACCCCUUCAGAACAAGCUGGGCAGUCUCGCAUCCAGAGGUUGUUAAGCUCAAGGUCAUUGGAUCAGCAGAUGGCUUCUAAAUCCAACGCCGUGUCACGACCUUCAGAAAUGCAGUUUACUUCUCACAGACAGGAGAGGAACAGAAUUUCUAGUUAUUCUGCAGAGGCUUUGAUCAGAAAAGUACCUUCAAAUGCAGAAUCCCGAAUGGGAAUGGCAGUGCAGAGCCCUCGAAAUAAUCUGGAGCAGUCUGAAAUGCGAACCUAUCUUGAUUUAUCAAUAAACAAAAACCUGCCUGUUCACAGCUUGCACACUAAGUUGUCUCUGGACCAUUGCAUAAAUUCUGAAGUUCAAAGCCUUCCUGACUGUCCUCCUUUUAAAGUGAAUGUGACAACUCAAGGUGUUGGCACUUUUGAGGUGCAGUCGUCAAGGGGUAAUGAGAUGGUUAAUAGUAUGCCAGCACACAGAGGAAUGCAAUCACAUGGCUUCAAGCUGGGUCAGGGUACAGUGACUGAGAGGCAAGCCAGGUUGCCUUAUUUGCCAAUGCAAGGGAUCUCAUCAGGAAGUGGAGUUUCUUUAAGAGAGAAUGAAGGUUCCUGCCAUCAGAGCUUCAUGCAAAGUCUACUAGCUCCUCCACUCAAUGAGCAAAUAGGUCCAAGCCAAAGGUCAGUGUCAGAACACCCAAGGAACACACAGUGUCUCCCUCCAGCCACUAUUGAAUACAGUUGCCCAUCUGCAAGAGAAGGAGUUCACAUCAGAAGGGAUGGUGAGCUGCAGAAUCGUGAAAGCUGUGACAUGACUUUAGGUGCACACAGUUCUAGAAACAGCUCUUUAAGCAUCUCCUAUUCAAAUCCUUCCUCUGUGGCAGACAGUCAGGGCCGGAACACUAGUCCAAAUGUGUCAGCUCAGAAGAACUCCCUCAGAAUGAACGAAAGUCAAGGAAGUAAGUGUCACCCAAAUUCACAGGUCUCUCCCAAUGUGCACGGAGCGGUUAGACCAGUGAUGUCUCACGCUACAGUUUCCCACGGUGGGAAUGAACAAGGGCACUCAAUUCAGCAACCCAAUUCCUCAGGGGUUACCCAGCGUGUACGCCACCCAGCCCAGGAGGGUUCAGCUUCCAAGAUGCGGCAGACUGAUCGAUCUCGCUCUGGGAACCACAGAAGUGGGAAUGUUUUUGAGCAUGGACUUCAGUUGCCCCUAGCGUCCAGUGGCAGCAUGAUCCUUGGUCGUCAGCAGCCAGUGGGGGCUCGGACAGGAAGCAUUGUGCGUUUUAUGACUGAUGGGCAGCAAUUACCAAACGAUAAUUUAACUCCUGACCAGCACUCGCUAUCUCAGAACUUUGGAUUCCCCUUCAUCCCAGAAAGUAGCAUAAACCCUCCAAUUAAUGCAAACCCAUCAUUCAUUCCUCCGGUAACCCAGCCGGGUGCAAAUCGUACCCCGGCUCUCAUACCAGUUGAACCACAGAAUCCUCUGUCCUCAUUUUACCCUCCAUACUCUCCAGCUCAUCCCAACCUUUCCAAUGACCUCUCCAUCCCCUACUUUUCCAAUCAGAUCUUCAGCAGUCCAAGCACGGAGAAAGCCAACACUGGGGGACUUAACAACCCGUUUGGGUCCAUUCUCUCUCCCCCUCGGCCAGUUGGCUUCCCGCAACCAAACUUUCCCCUUCUCCCUGAAAUCCCAGCCAGACCUAUGGCCAACACUUCUAGCAUCACCCCACACCUCUCCAACUUCAACCUCACCACUCUCUUCCCUGAAAUUGCUGCUGCUCCCCUUGCCCCAGAUAGUACAGCCAUGCCCAUGUCACCUUUGUUGCCUUUAACCAACCCAGCUCUUUCAGAUGUCUCUAAACAACACUCGAACCGAUCUGCUCACAAUAUAAGUCACAUACUGGGCCACGAUGGUAGCUCUGCUGUGUAGGAUUGGAUGCUGCUUAAUCUUUAUUUUUGUGGGACUGUUAUAGUUGCACGUGUUUUAUUGAGUGGUCAGGUGGAUUACAAUCUGUUUGUGGGUAUUAGUUGUCCACCUGUGAAGUCCAAAAAUGAUCACUACCCUUCCUCCUGCCAGACCCAGCAUCACCACAAUCUUUAGUUUUGUCUCCUUAAACAUACACUAUGUUGACAUAUGCAAGAUACUUUGUUUGCUAUCAUUUGCAGACAUAUCUCAGUGGGGCCUUUGAGGUGAGUGAAUUGGACAGGAGGAAGAUGAAUACAGCUAUAAUCGAGUGGUCACCUACUGUUACUGAUACAAAACAUAUUUGUGUGCCACACAAAGUGCUGUUCAUAAGGACAAUUUUCGGAACCUGCAGGCAGCAUAAUGUGUCUUGUAUAUAUUGUAUUAGUAUAGGUUUGCAAUAUAUUAAUGGUUCAAGGCAUUCAUAGGACUGAAUAAGCAUUAAUUUGUAAAUAGGUGGGAAAAUGAUUAGUGCACCAUCAUGGCAGCAGGUAUUUGUUGGGUCUGAUGUUUAAACAUUAUUUUGAGCACAGAGUACUAUUACAGUUUGUGACUAGCAGCUUACCUUGCUGCUCUGCCUGUGUAAGAAGAGUGAGUUUUAACACAAGCUUUUGGCUUUUUCAUAAUGUCCCAAACAUAUGUCAUGCUAUUAUAAAACUCGUGGAAGUACAAUCAGUUUCUCGAUUAGGAUAAAUCUCUUCAUGAAUUAUGCCCAUUAAAUCAAAUUUGCCUGAGUAAGUUUACUUAAUUAGACAAUCGAUUCCUCCCCCCACCCACUCGUAUUUAAAAUUCUUCAGACAAGUCAGGCUGCCAUUAACUCAAGGUGAAGGGUAGACAGAGGGGAAACAUUUUAAUACAGAAUUUAUUUUGUGGAUGAGGUGCUGAAUAAUUUGAGUGUUGUACAAGAUAUUUAAAUAAAAGUUCUAGUUAAUUUCCAUAUAAA